AUGUUUGACCGCGUGGAUUGCGCGGGUCUCUACAUUGAUGACCGAGUGCGGUCGGAAAGAUGGGUGCGCAAAAAUUCCAUCGAUGCUUCAACGAUAUCGUCCACAGGUUCCUUUGCAACCUCUGAAGAACCAGAGGCCCUGCAGGCGGAUGUGGAGCAGUUGCUGUUAGUGUGCAAACAAGUCUAUCUCUGCCACAACGGUUCCUCCUUUGCCACCAAGCUGGCCGAGCUCAGCGACCGGUCGGGCAGCGAGUGUAACCCGAUUUUCGCAUUCUUCGAGGUGGAUUUUAGCGGCGAAGAGUCAAAUUUGGCUCGUCGAAAAGCCAGUCGCGCCUCGUGGGCAGACAACGCUCCCCCGUCACCGGGCUCCAUCCACCGUACUUUCACAUUUUCAACGCAGUCUGACGAAGCACGGGGCCUGUCCCUUCUAUCAGGUGUUUCGAACGAUAUCCAAGCCCAAGAGGGGCCAAAUCUGGUCAUUCCCAUUGCGAUUUUGCGUCUUCCUCCCGAUGCGCCCAGCGACAAUGCGGCUACCGGCCCUACCAGUCAACCAGUUUCUCAAGGACCUAUCACGGCGGAGCACAAGCAGAUUGCCCGCUGUCUUGAUGCCGGUGCUAUGGAUGUCUUGACCACUCCGCUAGAUCGGUCGCGGAUUCAAGGGCUCGUGGUUCAUGCCUACCGCACCCGUAAAGCGGCCCAAAGAGAGAUGUCCCGAUUUCUUGCACGGAGAAAGCAACGAAAGCUUUCUUGGGUUGGUGUGCAUGAUGAACAACCAUAUUCUUAUUUGAGAGAAGCCAUGGUCUCAAAGUUGAUGAAAGGAAUUUGCAACCCAGAAGAAGUCAUACAUGAUGAAUUCCAGGAACAGGAUCUCAACAUUGAUCCCGCACGUAUCCCUUUUAUCAAAGAGCAGGUAGGCAGUUGGAGGUUCUGCGCUCAUGAGUUUACCGAGGACGAACUGGUAUUUGGUGCUUGUGAGAUGAUACAGCAUGCUUUCACCAUGCCGGGACUGGACAAUUUACGGUUGACCCCCGAUGAAUUGCAAACUUUCCUCCUCGCCUGCCGUGCCGCCUAUAACUCCUUCGUGCUCUAUCACAACUUCCGCCAUGCGAUUGAUGUGCUGCAAUCGGUCUUUUGCUUCCUGCUAAACAUUGGGGCUUUGCCUCCAUAUGAAUCAGUUGGGGACUCUCCCGUCCCCGACACUCCCAUCACCUCCCUUCUCACGCCAUUCGAUGCCCUUACUCUCCUUAUCUCAGCCAUUGGUCAUGACGUUGGUCACCCGGGUGUCAAUAAUUUUUUCCUCGUCAAAUUGAACGCACCUCUGGCUCAACUCUACAAUGACAAUUCCGUCUUGGAGGCGUUCCACUGCGCCGCCUUUUCCCAAAUUCUGCGUCGGCACUGGCCUGCCGCAUUCAAGGACAAUCAGCUGCGAAAGCUCCUUAUCAGCUCUAUCCUGGCCACAGAUAUGGGCGUACACCAGAAGUUCAUGCAGCGUAUGGGCUCAUUCCAAGAAAAAUUCUAUGAAAACAACAGAUCUGUUGAUGGCUGGAAGCCGCAAGAUGUCGACAUGUACAAGACUCUCGUUUGUGGAUUAUUGAUCAAAUGUGCCGACAUCAGUAAUGUGGCUCGACCGUGGAAAGUUGCCAAGAAGUGGACGCAAAUUCUGCAAGAGGAGUUCGCCAACCAGGGCGAGAUGGAAAGGGAGGUCGGAAUGGAAACUGCACUGUUUGGCGGGCCACCCGAAUUAGGGAAUAUCUACAAAUUGGCUACUGGUCAAAUUGGAUUCAUGUCAAUAUUCGCCCUGCCGCUCUUCGAAGGCAUUUCCGACCUUCUGCCGCAGUUGCAGUUCACUACCGACCAUAUCCUUCGCAAUCAGGCACAGUGGCAAGAACUUUCUAAUGAGGAGCUGAAGAAGCAAGGUCUUCCGAUUGAGAAAAGGGCCGAGAUUACUGUUUCGCCUCGCUCCCAUAGCCCUGAAUUUCCUGACAAGCUGCACGUUGAUUCAGGAGAUGGCGCAGCGGACGAAGUCGGAUCUCCCACGAGUUCAAGCUCUGGUGGAUACAACGAAAACAACAUUGAACCGGUUGUGUCGCCUGAUACCACAGGUCCCCAGAUUGAGAUCACGGGAAGUCCCCUGGUGCCGACGACUGCAUCUCGGAAGUCUUCUAGUGCCAUGCCGGGCCUUUCUGGUUUCUCCAUCCCAGGAGCUCCGGAGUCUGCCCGCGGGUCUAUUUCGACACAGCUACACAGCCCUGCCACGCAAACAAGUCCUGUUACCGAUGAUCCGGCUGUUCUAGCUGCCGUCUUGUAUGCCAACUCGGCCUUCGGUGGCGGUACUUCAUCAGGACCAGUGGGGCGUGACCAUGGGUCUGGGUCUACCGAGAGACCAAGCAGCUCCCGCCAAGGUCUUCCACAUGGUUCUCAACGCGGCUCCCAACGUCACCAUGCACACAACAGCUCGUCUGCUCGCACGGGCUCAAAUCGCAAUAGUUGCACACGGACACAAAGCACCUACAGCAACACCAUGACACCAAUCUCUCCCGCAACUAAUGCCUCAAGCUUUUUGGCUGUGGAUAGCGGCGACGAAAAGCGUGUCUCCGGGGAAAGUGUCACGCAAAGUGACCUUGGAGGACCUGACGAUAACAGCACACGUCCCAGCACAGCGGACGCGUAUCCUUCAAAUGUAUCAGAGCCCGCAGGCGGUUACAGCCCCGGUCGUAAUUCUAACAUCGCUCGUGGCCAAACUCGGUCCGAAGACGGUGCCAGCAAAGACUUUUCCAGAUUGGGAGCUCACGGAACCCGCAGCACGACCCAGUCGACGACUACUGGCGAGAGCACCAAAAAUGAGACCCCGCAAGUGGAUGACUCUAAUGGUACCCGUAGACUUCCUAAACGGAGGAGUCGGCUUCGACUUGCGUUUUGGAAGCGCCGCAACCAUUCGCACGAGGUCCGCGGUGAGACCUGA